CUCUCUAUCUUUCUCAGCGAAACGGUUGAUCGAUUGACUCGCGUUGAUCGUUAGUCCGUCAUAUCAUACGUGGAUCGCGUGGUACCCGUGUCCGAAUCGUGUUUGUCGUGUCUGUCGUGUCGUGCUGUUAUCGCGAUUCGCGUGUCGUAUAUUCUACAUAAAUCGUAUCGUGUAUCGUAAAAUCGUAUAUCGUGUCGUCGCACUAUUUCGCUCACUGAGCGCAAUCCGUUCGUACAAAUAAUCAUCGUACUCCCAGCGCCUCAUUCCCAGAAUAAAGGCAUCAUCGAGCGUGUUAUAAAUCGUCGUGGUCUGCCGUGCACGGGGAUCGUAGCGCCGUUAACGUCAGUUAACGUUAACGAGGGAGCUUGAGCUCGGAGUCGCCGACUUCGUCAUGCCGUCGGCCGCGGUCACGACGACGACGGCGACGACGGCACACUCCGAAUCGGAAAGAGACGCGUUCUCCCGCUGCUGAUAUGGGGCCACUGACCGAGCGUUUGGUCCUGGUCUCCGUGGGCCCUCCCUGCUUCGAAAAUAAAUAAAAGUCUCGAACGGCUCUAUAAGGAGAUCGUAAACGACGUCGACGACGACGACGACGACGACAACGACGACGACUACAACGACGACGACGACGACGACGACGACGUCCUCUUCUAAGGUAGACAACCGGGCUCAGGAUGGCCUCGACCUCCAGCAGCGAUGUCCAGGUGCUAAUGGGCAAGGGCAAAUGCGGAGCAGCGGCCUACAUCAGCCUGGCUACUGGUCGGGACACCGGGACUAAUACGAAUCCGCCGUAUCUCAAUGAAUUGCUGGAUGUCCUGCUGAAUCCCAGCAAACCCAUCGAUGACUGGGAGACCAUCGAUUGGUGCAAGUGGCUCAUGGCUGGUGGCCGGACACCCGACGAAUUCGCCAAUACAGUACGCACUUACGAUAAUGCUACUACCUGCGGUCUUGUAUGGACACCAAACUUUGUAGCGUAUCGCUGUCGUACGUGCGGCAUAUCUCCCUGUAUGUCUUUAUGUACCGAAUGUUUCAAAAAGGGAAAUCACUAUCGUCAUGACUUCAACAUGUUUCUCAGCCAAGCAGGUGGUGCAUGUGAUUGUGGCGAUACAUCUGUGAUGAAGGAGACUGGAUUUUGUGAUAGGCAUGGGCCAAAUGCAAAUGUAAAUAAAUCAGUUGCACCAUCUGAUCUGAUGAGUGUAGCCGAGGCAAUGAUGCCCAGAAUUAUUCUUCGACUUAUACAACAUUUACGUGAAAAUUGUAAAAUGGGAGUGCCUGAUCAAAAAAGUGCUAUACAUGAGGCAGAUACAUAUCUUACUAUGUUGCUUGACUUGAACAAUAUGGGCGCAUUAAUGAGGCAUGUCAUGACAUCAGCUCUCACGAAUCCGCAGAAAUAUCGAGGUCUCAUGGAUCCUUCUGUGUUAACGGGACAAUCGGAGUACGAUAGCUAUUGCCAAGAUAGCAAUAAAAUAUAUCAACAUGCUGUAAAAUCGCUUCCAAAUCCCGAACCCCCAGAUGAAUACAAAGAAUGUGUGUCGCUUCAAGAGCACUUAGAACACACCACUUUCUUGGAAGAACUAAUGUUCUGGACCGUCGCUUACGAGUUUCCGCAAAAAUUAGUCUGUCUGCUUUUGAACAUGUUGCCGGAUCCCGAUUACAAAGAAGCUUUAACUCGCGCCUUUGUGUUACACUACAGCAGAAUCUCGAUGAUGCUUGAACGUUCAAUGGAUCCUGAUACAUUGAGCAAUAGAGUUGUUCAUGUUAGCGUACAGCUUUUUAGUAACGAGAAACUAGCAUUAAGAAUGGUUGAUCAAUUGAAAUUAUUACAUGUUAUGGUUAUUAGUUUGAAAUACAUGAUGAGCAAAAUACUCAUUCAAAACACUUUGCACGAUCCGGAUAAAAAUUUCCAUUAUGUUGUGGAUUGCGGACGUCAAGUGAUGAAGGAGCAUUGUUACUGGCCAUUAGUAUCUGAUUUAAACAACGUACUCUCACAUAAGCCAGUCGCUGUUAAAUUCAUGAGCGAUAAUACUCUCCUAGAAAUGUGGUUCGACUUCUUGUCUAUGUUUCAAGGCAUGAAUGUCAAUCAGAGAGAAUUAAGUCAACAUGUCGAGUUUGAGCCCAAUACAUAUUAUGCGGCAUUCAGUGCUGAACUGGAAGCCAGCGCGUAUCCGAUGUGGGCUCUUGUGUCGCAUCUUCGUGGCCCUGAGAGUGCGACAUUAAGUCGACGAGUGCUUACUUUUUGCCUUACAGCUUUGCAAGAUUGGCUCGAUGCUGUAAACUAUACAGAUCCGAAUGUAAGUGAUAGUUUACAAGUGUCGUUUCAUCUUCCGCUUCAUCGAUAUCUCGCAGUGUUCAUGUGCCAGGCAAUCAGACAGCAGGGAGCAACUCUACGCGAAUUAUUACCGCCCACAGAUAUGUUGCACCUUCUCAUGAUGCACCCGUUGCGAGUGCAGGUGGCCUUCUAUGAGAUUUUAAAUGGAUUAUGGGUUCGCAAUGGAUUGCAAAUAAAGGGCCAAGCGAUGACCUAUAUACAGUGCAAUUUUUGCAACUCCAUGGUGGACGCGGAUCUGUAUCUGCUGCAAAUCUGUGCCACAAAAUUAAUGCCAGAUGUCUUUCUGAAAACUGUUAUCGAAAAAUUUCACGUGGUGGAAUGGAUGAGUUUAUGCCUGUAUCAUGCCCCACAAAAUGAAUAUCUUGAGGGCGAGCAUGAUACUCCGAUGUUGGAAAGUUGCCUAACGUUUUUGGCUACGUUAGUCAACGUCAGAACAAAUCUUGGUUUAUCGGAUCCCGAAAUGUCUCGUCUUGAAAUGGUGACCUUACUAUGUAUGAGUGAUAAGACGCAUAGUCAAUUGAUGGAACUAAUGCCGGAACGCUGUGGAACUACUCAGAACAGAGACUUUGAAUCUGUUCUAGCUGAUGUAGCGCAAUAUAGAGCUCCAAAUCUCGAAGCAAGUGGCAAUAUGCAACAGGGUAUGUAUGGACCAAAGGGUCGCGUAUGGGAAGAAUUAUUUGAUCCUUUACAUGUACUGUUGAGAGCAGUUCAUAGGAGAGACUUCCAAAUAUCUAUGGAUCGUUUCACAGAAUAUGUAAAACAAUCAGGCAAGCUAAAGAAUAAUGCAACUCUUUGGCCACCAUUUAGGCAACCAGCUCCGGUUUCGUUGGACUAUGAUGAUCCUCGUAUAGUUCUACGUUCCAAAGUUUUUCAUGCUAUGAUCUUGAUAAUACUCUAUAAGGCUGUGAAUGGACGUAACAUAUCGGAACAUGUUAUGGCAUUGGCUAUUUAUCUUCUAGAGAUGGCAGUUAUUACUGCGGAACCGCCAGAUAAAUCUGGGAGUCCUUUAUGCCAAUACACUGGUGGUAGCUUUCAUGUGAUAAAGGAUAUGGAUUUAGCUGGAUGGUACGAAAGUGAUAGUUUGUCUGAAAAUCUGAGAACAAUGAUACCUCAAGUGAUUCUAGUCCAAGAGUCGGAGCAUAGCAGCUCAGACAGUGAAUUUGAGUGGGAGAUGAUUCAUGGAGAGAUGAGUGAAGUGGCGACAUCCUUAAUGUUGAAUGACGGUGCAGAUGACGGCGCGGAGGAAGUCUCUUUGGAAUUGUUGGGAUUUUCUGUAGACACCGUUAGAGAUGACAAUGGUGUGUCGAAUGCAAGUGCAUCAUCUCUACCGGCUUUGCUACCGUCAGUCGAGAGUGCUGCAUCUCUGCCAGCAUUACCAUCAACAAGUGUGGAAUAUGGUGUAGCAAUUGUACCUGAAGACGGAAUUGUCGCCAUACCAGCUCGUAGUAAUAGUGAAGAUGACUUAACGAUACCUUUGCAAAGAGCUCUGCCACCAUCUGAGGAAGAAUCGAUGGCAAUCCAUCUAGCAAUUGAAUCGCCUCCUUCACCAAAUAAUGAAAUCGGCGGACAGCCAGCUUUACCGCCCGUUCCUCAACGUCCGGCAGUUUUGGCCGGAAAUGAAAUAGUCACAGCGCACCCGAUUAAUUAUAGGGCCACAGAAAUUGUUCCAUCCACAUCAAAUUCUUACAAACAUUUUAAGAGGAGAGAGCUACAAGGUGGACCAAUGCAACCGCAAUCUGUAAAAGUAGGAGAGAGCAUAAUCUCCUUGCUGUUAAAAUUACAUUCUCAAUUAUCCGGUGUACCAGACAGCUAUAAUCCCGAACAAAGUGCAAUGUCAGAUAAUGAAGUCAGUAGUAGCAGCAGUAGCAGCAGCAGCAGCAGCAGCAGCAGCAGCAGCAGCAGCAGCAGCAGCAGCAGCAGCAGCAGCAGUAGCAUCAGCAGCAGUAGCAGUAGCAGCAGCUCUUUUAUAUCACUAUUGCCUAGUGAAUCGCGAAUUGGUGAUGGACCAUUCUUCAUAUCGCAGCUACUUAGAAAAAUCGCGGAUUUAGACCCUAUAUGUAAACAAACGAUCAUUGAGACUAGGAACAAAUUAUGGCCUCGUAUGCAAGAAUGCGAGGAAGAUGAGCAACGCGAAAAGGAGAAUCGCGAGCGAGAGGAACGACGAAAAAGAGCAAAAGAAAGACAACAGAAGCUGAUGGCGGAAUUCGCUAACAAACAGAAACAAUUUAUGGAGAAAGCGAUGGAAACCGAGGAUGCAGAUGCAUCUGGGAUGGACUGGGAUCAAGAGGAGAAUGAGACUAAACUGACUAGUAAAAAAGAGUAUGACUGUGUGAUAUGCAAUCAAACUACUCCCAGCAGUGAGGACAAACCGAUGGGACUCGUUGUAUUAGUUCAAGCAACUAGCAUUAUUGGCCACGAACGACAACAAUCGGAUAGACUGAUUCUUCCCACGUCCGAUGAAGAUCCACCUAUACCUAAAGGAGAUACCCGAGGUGCUCAUUUUGACCGCAGAAUGGACGAGAUGAAUCGUUUAUUUGACACAUUGUCUUGGCUACUCUCGGUUAAUAUAGGAUGGGAAGGUGGUGUUCAUGUGCAAACGUGUGGCCAUCAUUUACAUCUCGAUUGUUUAAAAUCUUAUCUAGAGUCCCUUCGUAGUCAACAACGGCAGCAAAGUCUGGCGGUGGAACGGGGCGAAUACUUGUGUCCGCUGUGCCGACAAUUAGCUAAUUCUGUUUUACCGCUGUCGCCACAAUUGGGUGAAUGCUCGGCGGUGGUGCGAUCUCGUCAUGCUUCUACAGCGACCAUACUCGCGGAUCUAAAUACUUUUCUCAAAGAGAUACAACGAAAUCCUGUGUCUUCAAAUCUGUCUGUGGCAAUGGGAAAAGCCAUGGAAGAUAUGACGAGUUGCACGUAUCUAAAAUAUAAGCAAAAGAACUGUAAACCUAGUCACCAAAGCUUGUUCCUUUUUGUAACUUCGGUAGCUCGAACUAAUUUUGAGAUUGAACUUGUACAACGUGGUGGUUCGUUAUGCAUUGCGCCACCUACUACAAUACCUCUGAUGCCUAAACGUGAUUGUAUAGUCGCGCUUCUUCAUGUUUUGGCGAUGCAUGCUCGGGUACUGACCACGUGGCCAGUGCAUCAUGUAUGGCAACAACUAUCUGGCAUAUCAUUGAUGGAGGAAUCGACGUCCUCGCUCGCCUUGACACCACAUGAGAGACAGGUUCCUCUGCUUCUGCGAGAUCCGACCGCCAUGCUCAUUCAAUUCAUAUUGCUGUUGCCGUUGCACUUGGAUCAAACAUACUUUUCUGGCGUGGUAAAAGUUCUUUACAACUUGCUGUACUAUCAAGUAAUACUACAAGUAAGUUGUAACUUCUCACGAGAAGAGCGAAACAUGAUUCUAAAGAAAAGAUGCAGCUGCGCUACUACGCCCUCGGAAACUAUACUGGCCGAGAUUAUCGAGUAUUUUAGCGAAAGCGGGCUCUAUCCUGGCACGGAUGACAAUAAACCGUCUACUUCAACCUCUCCCACUUAUGCCAGAAUGAAAUCGCAUUGCAUUGAGCAGCAAAUCCAAUCAUUGUGCUUACCAUUUCUGCGAGUAGCGGCAUUGUUACGUUAUCAUCUAUACGAGCAGUCGCUGCCACUGAUCAGAACACAACAGAGCGAGUUUGUGAGACUGGUAUAUUAUCUGGAGCUAGUCACGGAAGGCAUGAGCUGGGACAGCUUCGAUUCAACAGUAGCGUUAAAUUGGCAGGAACCAGAAACGGGCGUGUCGGUGCCGCUCUUCUGGUGCGAUCAGUUGAUCGCAUUUCUCGCUAAUUGGCGUGGCCAUCAACCAGCUCGAAAUCUGAUAAUGGAACAACAUAUAUCAUGGCAUGUGCCGAAACUAGUUAGUCUUCCAAGGGAAUACGAAAAAAUCUUCACGUAUUACCAUGAACGACAGUGCAGUAUGUGUCAUUCUGUACCGCCGGAGAUCAGCAUCUGUUUAUUAUGUGGCACUAUUGUCUGCCUCAAACAAAACUGUUGUAGACAGAUGAAUGUGUUCGAAGCUACUCAGCAUUCAAUUGACUGUGGCGGUGGGACUGGCAUCUACCUCGUAGUGACUUCGACUUACAUUAUCGUGAUACGCGGUCGACGAGCGUGUUUAUGGGGAUCUUUGUAUCUCGACGACUUUGAAGAAGAAGAUAGAGAUCUAAAACGUGGCAAGCCCUUGUACCUCAGCCAGGACAGAUAUCAACUUUUGGAGCAACAAUGGCUGGCUCACAGAUUCGAUCAUACGAAGAGAACAUGGGUAUGGCAUCGCGACGCUCUGUGACCCAUCACGAUGUUGUCGAGAGUCGCUCGUCGCACCUAAUCUCAGAAUUGAAGAAGAUUCCUUUUUUUCCUUCCUUUCUCUCUCUCUCUAUCUAUCUAUCUAUCUAUCUAUCUAUCUAUCUAUCUCUAUCUCUAUCUCACUCCCACAAUUUAUUCUCACACAAAAUGCCUCGCCCUUUCGCAGCAAUGCCCGUGCUUUAGAAACUAAAGGAGAUAGAUCGUCCUCGACGGAUAUUAUAUAUUUAUUAUGUAAUCGUGAGUAAGUAGUAGACAUAAAUAAUGAAUGAAAGUAUUAAGAAAAAGAACGCUCGUCUGGAGGGAGAAUAGAUUUUGUUCAUAUAGUUGCGCAUAACUUGAAUAAUACGUACUAGAUCUGUAGAAAUUGUGUAUGCUCUCAGAAUGAACACCUGUACAUUUUAAGUACACCUGUAUAUAUUUAAGUAUAUAUACACAGAACUGUUUCCAUAUUUUAAUCUUUCUGUAUAAUAUUGUAUUGUCUCCAAAAUUAAUGGUUACUUAAAAGGAAAAGUCCGAAUUGAAGUUAUACAUUUUUCUUUUAAAUUAUACACCUGCGUAGAAAAAAUGAAGUAAUUUUGAUCCUAGAUAUUUUUGUGCGAUAACUAGCAAUCGGAUUGUUAUACAGAAAAAUGAAAACAAGAGAUCCUGUAUAUACACACACACACACACACACACACACACACAUACACA